AACACCCCCGAAAAAGCACCCAACACCAUCAUCCACAUACCCCGCACAAAAGCGAGUUCGAGUUCGCGAGAUCUAAACGGAGUUACGGGGAGCGAAAUCGAUCGGAGGAGGAGGAGGGGGAGUAGUUCUCGUCGAGAUCAUGGCGACUGAGAGGGAAAAGGAGAGGGAGGCGGAGCUCGAGAGCGCCAUGUACACCAAUUGCCUCCUCUUAGGGCUCGAUCCGGCGAUCAUCGGCAUGGGCGGCGGCGGAGGCGGCGGCGGCGGAGGAGGGAGCCCUAGGGUCGGCCAUUUCCGCCACUCGAACCCGCGGAUGGGGGAGCAGCUCCUCUACUUCCUCCUCUCCGCCCUCAGAGGCCCCGUCCAAUCCGCUAAGGAUUUCGACAAGGUGUGGCCGAUCUUCGAUUCGGCGCAGUCGCGGGACUUCCGAAAGAUUGUACAAGGGAUUAUAAGUGAGCUGGAGUCACAAGGGGCGUUGCCGAGGAGCAACUCUAGGGUUUCAUCGCUUGCGACUUGUUGCGGGCCGAGAUUUGUUGAGCUUCUAUGGCAGCUUUCUGUGCAUGCUCUAAGAGAGGUUCAUAAAAGAACAUUUGCAGCUGAUGUGGCAUCAAAUCCACUUCCUCCUCCUUUAACAGAUGUUUCUUAUCUACAUGCGGCUGCAUUACUUCCUGUGACUAAGGCACGGAUAGCUCUUGAGAGACGGAAGUUUCUAAAGAAUGCAAGCAUUGCUGUUCAGAGGCAAACUACCUGGUCGAACUUAGCCCAUGAAAUGACAGCUGAGUUUCGGGGUCUUUGUGCUGAAGAGGCCUAUCUUCAGCAAGAGCUAGAAAAGCUUCAGGAUAUGAGAAACAAAGCUAAGUUGGAAGGCGAAUUGUGGGAUGAUCGUUUAUCUAGCUCUUCUGGACAAAAUACCCAUAUGGUGUCUAAGGCAACUCGCCUAUGGGAAUCAUUAUUAGCUCGCAAAAGUCAACAUGAAAUUCUAGCUUCUGGUCCUAUUGAGGACUUGAUAGCCCACCGUGACCAUAGGUACCGCAUAUCUGGAUCAUCAUUGCUUGCUGCCAUGGAUCUAAGUUCACAUGUUCCAUAUUCAGAUGUAUUAUCAGUUCGCACUGGUGAAAUGACUCCAACCAUGGACCAAAGAGAGCAAAUAAAUUCUCCUCCAUUCCAAGGGAAGAAUGAGACUCUCUCUAGGGCAGAUGAUAGGGGCGGAAGGGUUCAUCCAACUGUUGAUGUAGCUGAAAUUCUCCGACGUUGGACUCAUGCAUUACAACGUAUUCACAAACAAUCGCUCCAUUUGGCCAAAGCUAAUGAUGGGGAGGGCCCAGAAUUACUUCGUAGUGUAUCUGACAGUGAUACCAGCGGCCAUGCUGAGUCAUUGGCUGCAACACUUGCAGAACAUCGCCAACAUUUAGUUAGCAUACAGGGACUUAUUAGUCAACUAAAGGAAGCCAUUCCGGCAAUGCAGAAGUCAAUAUCAGAACUCACUGAAGAAGUAAACAUAAUAUCUGCAAGCACAAUAGAUGAGUUGGAUGCGAGACCUUCUGUGCAGUCUCAGAGCAUCGGAAGGCCACUAGAAAAUAGUAGUGAUGAACUUGCUGAGGUGACUACUAGGCUCUCUUCUAUCCAGAUUGACAAAGCUGCCUCCAGCCCGGCACUGAAGCUCCCUCAUUUAUUCAGUCUGACUCCUAAUUCAUUGGGAAAAGGCACACAUACACCAAAGCGGACUGCUAUGGCUACUCAAUGCGAUCAGGAAAAGAUGCACACAGGGAAGUCACUUUCACAGCCUUCGGUGAAUGAUCAUAUAAGCGGUGAAGCACUUGAUAGUGAUGGUUCUUACGCUUAUGACAUUAGACGUUCUGUUCGUGAAGCUGCCCUAGUAAGGCCGUUGAGCAACUCAGAAUGUUCACAAGACAAGAGUAGUGAUGAUGGGUCUGAACACUUCUUCAUCCCACUCUCAUCAGUUACUUCUAUGAAAGAAGUAGAGGCCAUGCCAAAUAGGAGAAAACAAAGAUUGGUUUUUUCUCCACCUGAAAUCCGUGUCCCAAAGAGUACAAAAGAUUUCCACUUAAAUACUGGUGUCCUAUCGAGUUCAACCCAUAAGUUGAACGGAUUUGAUGGAUAUGACGGAAACCGAGCAAGCCUAAUUCGUCCAGGCACUGGUAAUGAACAGAGUUUGUUUCCUGAUGCUGACGAUGCUUUGGAUCAAGUAUUUUCACCUCCUUUGCUGCUGGAUUCAUCUUUCUUCCAAGAUACAUAUGAGGACUUGCUGGCGCCAUUAUCGGAGACCGAUGCAGCUUUAAUGGAGCAUUAGACUUCAAGACGGUAUGUGAUUUGUUUUACAGCAAGCUGAAGCUCAACUUCACUGGAAAAGCCCAUGAUUACUUGUGGCCCCAUAAUUCGAAAGUUAACACCAUUCAGUAUGAACAUAUUAGCUACACCAGCUUUAGAUUCCUCACAUGGACGCUGCUUUGGUGUGAAGCAAAAGUCAAGCUUUUAAGUCAACGUGAAAUGAUGCGUAAAUCUCACUGCUUAGGGAAGGCACUUUCGCGAAUGAUCAACACACUAGAAUGCUCACCGUUUUUUUGUAUUUAAAUUCACAGCUGUUGUAUUUGUAUCUGUAAUAAUUCAAUCCACUAUUUUCAGAUGACUUUCAACAUCGGCGCAUUUUUCCGGCUUUGUUUUUUCGCCGAAGUUUGGUCUUUGUUGGCUUGCUACAUUUUAUUCUUCGUACGUUGCAGUAUCAUUGUAUGUAAAAUCAAUUCUAGUCCUAUGUUGAGGCAUGCUAUGGUGAGGAAAUAUUGGGUGCAUUUGGUGAACCACAUAAACGGGGCAGUGAAUGGACCAAUGUGGUGCACUAAGUGUAGGCGAUAAUUUUUUUUUCUGUAGCUGGGAAGUCCCGGGGGCGGUGAAGUGGAUUUGGAAUGUUUCUUUUUCGUUGGGAAUCAUUGUUUUGGUGUUUUUCUUUUUUCUUUCUUUUUUUUCUAUCUUUAUUGUUUUCUGUCUCAUUCACAUUUUAUCCAUGAGAAUUUCCUCUGCUA